GUGCAACUCGUUCGACCGUUGAGAAUUGAAGUGAUUAGGGAACUACACUUAAAAUAUAAUCAACAAUUAUUUUAAUUAGAAUUAUUACAAAUUUCAAUUUGCGGCUACGUUCGUAAGGUUACUUUUAUAGCGCUGUAAAUGUGAUAAAUUGUAAAUAUAAAUAAGUAUUUCUCAGUGUGUGGCUAUAAAGUUGGUAGUUAUUAGUCAAGAGUUUACAACAAAGCAAAAGGAGAUAAGAGUAUAAAGAUACAUAGCAGUUCCUUAAAAAAUGAUCAACAUAAAUGUGCUCUAUCCAAUAAUCCUUUGCUGCUGCCUGGCGGCUGUGCCGCAGGUGCGAGCAAAGCAUCUGCCGGAAUAUGUAGCAGAAAGUGCUAAUGCCAUUGACAAAGAAGUCGAAACCUACAAUUUUACCUCCUGCCAAAUAUAUUGCUAUGGGCCGCUGCUGCACACGGUUCAAAUGGCGAAGCUGUUUCCCGACUCGAAGACUUUUGUGGACAUGAAGCUGAAGGCAUCGCCCGAGAAGACAAUGGAGCUAUUUGAGGCAUUCAUGGCCUCGAAGAACAAUGCACCCACCAAUGAUGAAAUACGGAAAUUUGUUAAUGAUAAUUUUGGAGAUAAGGGCACUGAGCUGGAGGUGUGGUCACCAACAGACUGGGUCGAGAAUCCUGCCUUUUUAAAUCUGGUGAACGAUCCAGAUCUUAAGCAAUGGGGCAUGGACCUGAAUAACAUCUGGAAGGAGCUGGGCCGUAAGAUGAAGGACGAUGUGCACAAGAAUCCGGAAUAUUACUCCAUUAUACCCGUGCCCAAUCCGGUUAUUGUGCCCGGUGGUCGCUUUAUCGAGUUCUACUACUGGGACUCUUACUGGAUCAUCCGUGGUCUGCUAUACUGCGAGAUGAGGAAUACGGCCCGUGGCAUGAUCGAGAAUCUGAUGUCCAUUGUGCAACGUAUUGGAUUCAUACCGAACGGCGGUCGCGUCUACUACUGGGGUCGUUCCCAGCCUCCGCUACUGGCGGGCAUGGUCAAGUCCUACGUUGAUUUCACCAAGGAUGAUCGGUUUGCCAUCAAUGCGCUGGAGAUACUGGAGCACGAGUUCGAAUACUUCAUUAACAAUCACAGCGUGCAGGCCAAAGGACACGAUCUAGCCGUCUACAGAGACUCGUCGAAGGGACCACGCCCCGAAUCCUAUAGUGAGGACGUCGAGACAGCUGAGAGCUUCCACACCGAUGAGGCUAAGGAAGAUCACUAUAGCGAACUGAAGUCGGCUGCCGAAUCAGGCAUGGACUUCAGCUCUCGUUGGUACAUCAACGAAAACGGCACAAAUAUUGGAAACCUCUCAGACGCCAAGACCCGUUCCAUUGUCCCUGUCGAUCUGAAUGCAAUUCUUUACUGGAACGCCAAGAUUAUUGCCGAAUUCCAUGCAAAGGCUGGCAACGUCGAUAAGAUGGCAGAGUACGAGACCAAGGCGCAGAAAAUCAAGGAGGCAAUUCAGGCGGUUUUGUGGAACGAGGAGGCCGGCUGCUGGCUGGACUACGAUUUGAUCAACGAGAAGCCACGUGACUACUUUGUGACCUCCAACCUUGCCCCGCUGUGGGUCAAGGCGUACAAUAUUUCCGACACUGACAAAAUAUCGGCAUCUGUGCUGAGCUAUAUUGAAAAGAACAAACUGGACACAUUCCCAGGCGGCGUACCAAAUACGCUCUACCACACUGGUGAACAGUGGGACUUCCCGAAUGUGUGGGCGCCUCUGCAGUAUAUUGUUAUCGAGGGUCUAGAUAAUAUCGGCACUCCCGAGGCCCAGAAGCUUUCGAAAAGCUGGGGCCAUCGCUGGGUCAAAUCCAAUUUUGCGGCAUAUCGCGAUUCGCGUGCCAUGUUCGAAAAGUACGAUGCGGAAAAGUUUGGCGGACAUGGCGGCGGUGGUGAAUACGGCGUACAGAAGGGCUUUGGCUGGACCAACGGCGUCAUCAUCGAGUGGCUGGCGAAAUACGGACACGAGAUUUCGCUGAGCAAUACGGGCGCUGCAGGUCCCAACAGUCGAUUCGUCAGCCUAUUGGGCGUAACGGCUAUAGCGUUAAUAGGUGCCUUUGCGGGUCGUUUCAUCUGGUGAGUUCUCAUUUCAGAUUCAAUGACUCUGUGUGCCACUGCUCUAUGAAAAUGUGAUUCCCUCCCAGCAUUUCUGUGUGCUUGUGUGUAUGUGAGAGACUCUAUGUUUCUAAUUAGAUAAAAAGCAUUUUCAAUUUGUACGCGCAGAUUGCAGUAUUAGAUAUAAAACAAUACACAGUUAACAUUAUUAUUAGAUAAAGUGAGUGUAGAUACAGGAAUUAUAAGGAGCAUGCCCCACAUGAUACAACAUAAUAUACUGAAAACAUGAAGACAAUAAUGACACAAUAAUGGACACAAAUUAAUGCUAAUAAUGCAUGCAUGCGUUGACAAUAUUUCCUCGUAAUCCCUUCGAAGACAAGUGUUACUAAAUGAACACAAUUUGAUAUAUUUUUGAAAUUGUUUGUUGUUAACAAAAAUUGCCAAAUUGUUUGCUCUUGAAUCGUUUUGAAAUAAAAGGAAACACAAAUACCUGUUGCAUGA